AUGGACGAUUUGAGACUUCGGUCUCCCGAUCCUCUCCGUCCUUUACAGCCACUACUAUCCUCCGUUGCGGAGAACGCGUCCUCCCUUACCGCAAGUGGAAAACACCCACACCAUCAACACCAGCAUUCCCCAGAAGAGCAGCAGCAGCAGCAACAACAGCUUGACGUCGAUAUCGAAGCUCGCUCCUUGCAACCGCUGCAGCAUGCUGUCGCGGAAUUCGACCAUUAUGCCCUGCAGCCGCACCAACAUGCGCCUGAGGCGCCCUCGCUUCCGCAGGAUGAUCCGUACGGGGGCUUGAUGCCAUCGGACCAAACACACCCCCAACAACUCCAAUCCUACAACGCGAACGAAUCCAUCUUCUCCUCGAAAGAACACGGCUAUCUCCGAGACGUAGCCUCGAUACUAGACCCGCCGGAUCUCGAAGCAUGGAGAGCACGGCUCUUCAACGUCGAAGAUAUGAUUGUCAUGAGCGAAGAGCAAUUCCGAACCUACUUCCCACACGUCGACAACGUCUACUCCCACCGCUCUACCCAGCGCUACAAACGCAAGCCCCUCGUCUCACACUACUGGGACUGCCGUCUUAAAGGCCGACCCCCCGGAACACCCAAAUCCGACGACCCGAACAAGAAGAAGCGGAAGCGCACGGCGCGCGAGCGGGACCUCUGCGACGUCAAGAUUAAGAUCACCGAGUACUUUCCCGGAUACGCUGCGGGCGGCGGUGGUGGUGUCCUUGGUAGUGAAGCGGAUCAUAUUCCCAUGCCGUUUUCUCCGGGCGUUGGUGUAGCUCUCGGUGUUGAGACGCCGCUUUCUGCUGCGGACCCUUCCCUACCCAAUACGAAUGUCAUGCUGCAGUAUCCUUCAUCGACUUCUGCGGCAGGUGGUGGUACUGAGAAUCAGCCAUUUGGGGUUCUAACGCCUAAUCCACCGCUGCCGGAGGGACAUCCUGGUGCCAAUGGACAGCGGUUCUUCACGAUCCAGCGCGUCAAUGGGAAUGGUGCGAAUGGGAAGAAUGAUGGGGUUAGUGGUGGGCAUCGGCAUACACUGGAGGAGAGCGAUCGGGUGAAGAAGAAUAGUGUGCAACGGCUUCUGUUGAAGGAGGCGAGAGAGAGGAAGAAAUCAUUCUCUACUAGGGCAAUGUCGACCAACACGCCUACUCAGAAAAAUUACCAUACACAAGCCACCGGCACCGCGGCUGAGACGGUAGCGAACCACUCCAGAGACUCGGACCUGAAGCUAUUCGGGAGCUGCUUCUGCCCCUUCGUGCAACGAGUAUGGAUAGCUCUGGAACUGAAAGGUAUCCCCUAUCAGUAUAUUGAAGUCGAUCCUUAUCAGAAACCCCAAUCGCUGCUAGAGGUGAACCCUAGAGGUCUUGUUCCUGCCUUGCGGCAUGGCGACUGGGGCUCGUAUGAGAGCACCGUCUUGCUCGAAUAUCUAGAGGACUUGAAUUUCGACCCUCCCCUCCUUCCGCCUGGCGAUGCGAAGCUGCGAGCGCAUUGUCGGCUGUGGGCGGACUAUAUCAAUCGCAAAAUUGUGCCCAGUUUCUAUCGCCUCCUGCAGGAGCAGAAUCAGCAGAAGCGAAUCACACAUGCAGAGGAACUCCGCGACCACUUCAAUACGCUGGUUGGAGCAGCCGAUCCCCAAGGGCCUUUCUUCCUUGGUCCAAAUCUCUCAUUUGUGGAUGUUCAAAUCGCACCAUGGAUGGUCCGUCUGAAUCGUGUAUUGAAGCCGUAUCGCGGGUGGCCGGACCCGGAACCAGGAAGCCGAUGGGGCGCGUGGGUGGAUGCGAUCGAGAAUAGUGAGGAAGUCAAGAGAACAACGAGCACAGAUGACCUGUAUCUCGACAGCUACGAGCGCUAUGCAGGUAGGUAG